AUGAAUUUGGAAUCAUUAGCAAAUGAAUUGUUACUCAAUCUUUUUGAAUAUUUUGCCAGUGUUCAUCUUCUUCAAAUUUUUUAUAAUCUCAAUAUUCGCUUCAACAAUCUCAUCUUUCGUCAUUUCCAAAGACAUAGUCUUCAUUUUCAAUCAAUAUCAAAAUAUGAUUUUGAUAUAGUUUGUCAAAAAUAUCUUCCAUCAAUAACCGAUCAAAUAGUUUCUCUUCGUCUUUCAGACGAUGAUGACACUCCACAACAAAUUGAUCUGUUCUUUUCAUAUGGUUUAUCUUUUAAUCAAUUUUCUCAUUUACAAUCAUUAUCAAUUUAUCAUGUUUAUUCUUUAAAUUCCACGGAAAAAAAUAACAAACAUACAAUUGUAUAUAAUGAAAUAUAUGAUAUUGAAAUUAUUGAUUCAAUCGAACGAUUUCCAAAACUUGUAUAUUGUUAUUUAGAUAUAAUAAAUGAUAAUGAAUAUUGUUUUCUAACACCAUCAAUUAUUUCUUCAUCUCUUAAAUAUUUAUCUAUUCCAUAUUUGGAUUGUAAUAUAAAUCAAUUAAUAUAUUUAAUUAAACAUAUAUCUAAUCUUCAAUCACUUAAUAUACGUAUUGUAGAACAUUCGAUUAUUCUAGAAACACUAACAAAUUUUUAUCAAUUAAAAAAUUGA